CCAUCUCGUUCGAGCCCGUCGCGGAUAAAAUCGACGGCUGCGCGGGAGAUGCCAGAAGCGCUGUUAAAACCACGCUCGAGACGGCUGUCGAUUUCGUGAUGGACCUAGAGGCUCGGGAAGCUGCGGUCUUUGGUCUCCAGCCCGAUCCGGUCGCUUCAUGGGAGCCGUAUCUCGCUACGGCGAAUUGCUGGGAGAGUUUGCAAGGGGGCGAGCCGUUGACCGGGCUAGCUCUCAGUAUGUGGACACUGAGAAAUUUACGCAGUGGACGGGGGAGGGCGAGGUAUAUGACUCUCGGAUCAUGGCUGGAUUUGAGCGACGGGCGUUCCGGUAUGAGACUUUGAGAGCUGCCGGUCUUUUAGGUUGAUUGACUGCUUCAAGCUUCUUAUUCUCCCAGUCACCCAUCAAGCCGAUAUUCAGGUCUCUGAUGCCGACUCGCCCACCUUUAUCCUGACGAA